AUGCCAAAACCGAAGCAUUCUGUUUGGCGAUAUUUUGAAUGUAUAUUUAAAAACAAAAACAAAAACAGUUAUGGAAAAUGGGCAAAAUGUCGAGAGUGCUCAAAGGAGAUGCAGGGUAUACCAUCGCGAAUGGAGAAACAUAUUUUAACACACCAAAAAAAUAUGCACAGUGAUACUGUAAGCCGUGAAACAACACAUUCUGUUCCUGAAGAUGUUUUGCCUUCUACUUCAAAAAGAAGUGUCAACACAUCAGAGAGCUAUAUGCCUCAGGCAACCAAAAAACAACAUGUUUUAACCAUGGCAAAAGACGCUGAUGUUAUUGCAACCUCAGACAUGUACUCUAAAGAACUUAACCUCCAAAUAGGCAGAUAUUUCUACGCAACUAAUACACCUUUUGUGCAUGCUGAUCAUACUGAAUUUAAGAAAAUGCUGAAUUCAUUACGGCCUGGUUAUAAUGGUCCCUCUUCACAUCAAAUUGGAGGACCUAUUUUAAACGAAGUGUAUGAUGAUAUUUUGAAAGAGUGUAGGAAUACAUUACAGGAAGAAACAGUUUAAGAAAAUGGCAAAGGUGUUAUUGUUGCGAAGGAUUAUAUUGGUGGAAUUAUAGAACAUACCUUUCCAUUACUACUGCCGGGUGUGGUGACUAUUGAUUUUCCAAAAGAAUCUGCUAUUCCCAACGGAAAAAAUCCUAUUUCUGACAAAAAAAUGGAGCAUAUAAAGAAGGCUUACACGUUUGUUGGUCAAAAUGAAGAAGUCCAGAGCUUUUGGAGGGAAAUUUUGGAGUGGCCGACAGUUUCAAAGGAUGUUUAA